AUGAUAAUUCACAGGAGUAUUUGCAUUAAUCUCUCAAGAGAUAUAAAAUAUAUCAACAUGUUGGUGAGGUCGGGAUGUGAUCCGUCAAUAAGUGAUGCCAAGCAGAAACGUACUCCCUUGAUGCUGGCUUGUCUAAUGAGGAACGAAGCANAAGAUACUACUGAACCAUUUCGUACAAUUUUCGUGAUUCAGCUGAAGGUGAAUCUGACCGCAGCCGAUCGCUUGGGCAAUACUGCGUUGAUGUAUGCGGCUAUCUACGGUCAAACGUCAAUUGUUGGAAUGUUGGUGAAUGAGUUGACAAGGCGAUGGAGUUUCGACGUGUUUCGAGCCAGGAAUCUCAUGGGUUACACGGCUGAGGCAUUGGCCAAAAAGAACGGACGUUAUGAAUGCUCAAGGUUACUUUCAAAGCGAUCGAUCUAG